GCGUGCGCGCCCUCCCCUCCCCUCCGGGUAGCUGCUCCAGCCCGGCUGUCACUGGCACCGCGGGGAGCCGCGCGUCGCGGGAGCGUCAGGAGGCACAUCCUGUCUACAUCUGGACCCUGAGAAAGCCUUGGUAGCUUCGUGGGCCCGGGUUGCUCUCCCAGGAAAUGGCCUCCAGGGCUCCUGCACUGCUGCUGCUGCUGUUCCUCCCAUCCCACCCUGAAGGCUGCCCUGCUGCUUGCCAUUGCUACAGUGCGACCGUGGAGUGUGGUGCCCUGCGGUUACGCGUUGUCCCGCAGGGGAUACCCCCAGGGACGCAGACGCUGUUCCUGCAAGACAACAGCAUCACUCGCCUGGAGCCAGGCACUCUGGCUCCACUUGCAUCCUUGCGCCACCUCUACCUGCACAACAAUAGCCUGCAUGCCCUGGAGUCUGGCGCCUUUCGCGCACAACCCCGCCUGCUUGAGCUGGCACUCACUGGCAACCGGCUACGCGGCUUACGUGGAGGGGCCUUCGCAGGCCUAGCACAGCUGCGUGUGCUCUACCUGGCAGGCAACCAGCUGGUGCGGCUGCUGGAUUUCACCUUCUUGCACCUGCCGCGACUGCAGGAGCUACAUCUGCAAGAAAACAACAUUGAGCUGCUAGAGGACCAAGCCUUAGCUGGGCUGUCCUCCUUGGCCCUGUUGGACCUCAGCAGAAACCAGCUGGGAACGAUCAGCCAAGAGGCCCUGCAGCCCCUGGCCAGCCUGCAAGUCCUGCGUCUCACAGAGAACCCUUGGCGCUGCGACUGUGCCCUGCACUGGCUGGGUGCUUGGAUCAAGGAAGGGGGGCAGCGAUUGCUUAGCUCCAGAGACAAGAAGAUCAUGUGUGCAGAGCCCCCGCGCCUGGCGCUGCAAAGUCUCCUGGAUGUAUCAGGCAGUAGCCUCAUCUGCAUUCCCCCCUCUGUACACGUAGAGCCGCUGGAGGUAACAGCCAACCUGGGAGAGGACCUGAGGGUGGCCUGCCAGGCCUCGGGCUACCCACAGCCCCUGGUAACCUGGAGGAAGGUGUCCCAGCCUCGGGAAAACCGGCCACAGGCCCAAGCCCAGCUGGAAGGCGGGGUGGCAAGCCUGGGCAGGCACGGGGCACCUGAUACCGGCAGUGGCAUGCUCUUCCUGACCAAUAUCACGUUGGCACAUGCCGGCAAAUAUGAGUGCGAAGCUGCCAAUGCCGGUGGCGCUGCACGUGUACCCUUUCGCCUCUUAGUCAAUGCCACCCGGCCACACCGACUGGCCCCCCUCGCCCCGGCCACGCGCCCCAUAGGCCACGAGCAGCAGCACGAGGCGGGCAGCAUGGCCUUCCGCGCCCUGGGCCUAGCCACACAGACUGCCAUCGCAGCGGCCAUAGCGUUGCUGGCACUCACAGCACUGCUGCUGGCCGCUAUGAUCUGCCGGCGCAGGCGCCGGCGGAAAAAGGCUCGCGCACCUCCGGGGGAAGGCACGCUCUUUGUCAACGACUAUUCGGACGGACCCUGCACCUUCGCUCAACUUGAGGAGUUCCGCGACGAGCGCGGCCACGAGAUGUUCGUCAUUGAUCGUUCCAAGCCCCUGUUCGUCGAGGGGCCUGUGGAUGCGCCCGAGGACCGCAGCACCGCCGAGGGCCUGGCGCCCGGGUUUCACCUCCCGCCGCGCGUUGCCUACGAGAUCCACUGCUGAGCACGCCGCGCGUACCGAUGACGUAUGCGCCGGGGAUUGGCCGGCGCAAGCCUCCUCAGUAAAAGUGGAAGCGGCGCUUUUCUGCUGA